AUUGCUUUACUAAAGUAGUUUCACAUUCACUUGUUUUUUUGUGGGUUCUUUUAACACUGGCAGCUACUGGUGGGUGGUGAGAACUGGUUUCAACGUUAGUCACUCCCUAAAUAAAUACUUAGUUUCCUGUUGGUUCAAAUGUCAAAUGUGGACAGUUUUAAACAUCUGCUGAAGUUUGCUAAAACAACCGACUGCGUGUGCAGCUGAAAACCACGUAAACACCUCUGAGCUGAAAAAUAAGUCAAAGGAGAACCUUGCCCAUGUCCCAAGAAAUGUUGCCACCACCUUAAUCCAGAUUCCCAGACCACACACAUCCUGUGGGGGCGGGGCAUCAGCAGAAAUGAGUGUGAGCGUCAGUCAGAGGUUUUGGUCGCGGCACCAAUGACAAAUAUUUAUUUAUUUGCAAAUAACACUUUUUGAAACUCAUGAAGUCCCUGUGAUUGUUCUUUACUACAUCAUAGCAACAUGUAAAAACAAAAACCAAACUAAAGUGUCAAAGUGCAUGAAAAACAAACUUUGUACAAAAAGGAGAAAACUGUUGCUGCUGUACUGUUUUCUAUAAAACCACUUAAAAAAAAAAGGUACUUGUUGUCUUUUGCCCAAACAUGGGUCUGACUUAUGUAUCAACCAUCUGGUACUCAGACUUUUUUAGUGCAACUGUCCCAAAUUAAACAGAUUUAUUUAGAAAAGGACGAGCGGUGAAAAUGUGAUCUUUUUAGAGAGUUUUUGAGAUAUUAAUGUUCAGAUUGGAUCAGACUUUUCUGUCUUAAUAAUUUGAUGUGAUUAAAAUUAGGAUGAUUCAUACAUAUAUCAGAAUCUGAAUACGGUUUAAAGAACAGGCCACCAAUCUCAUCUUUCAUCUCUGUACUCAAUCUUUUUCCAGAACUGAGCUUCCAAUAAGAACCAACACAAACCCGUCGGUUUCUACCCAGAGAGGGAGAGAGAGACCUGCUGAUCUUUAAAUAAAAAAAAUAAAAAAAUAAAGAGGACAAUAAACCACACUGAAUCUUUUUUUAAGGCCCCCUGGGAACCAUGAGUUGGGACACUGACACUGUGGAUUUACUGGGUUCACAGGAGAGUUUAAGUACCAGACAGUAUGGUGACCGUUGCACAAACUGCAGUCUGUCCAAGAAGAGGUUGUCGAUAGGAGUCGGUCUGCUGAUAGUAUCCUUUCUGGCUUUGGUGACGCUUAAUCUACACAACGAUGACACGGUGCAGAGAAUUUACAUCGGCUCCAUGGGAAUCAGCAACCAGCGAUUCCUGCCAGAGCAUGAAGAUCCCAGCAGCUCAGAGUUUACUCAGCUGGCUGCUCAAGUCAGCCAACAGCUGAAACUGAUUUACUUCAAAAACUCAAUGCUGGCCAAAUACUUCAACUGCAACACCGUCCAGGCUUUCAGUGAGGGUGACAGCGGUGACGACAGCAUUGUGGUGUAUUAUGAGUCGAAGUUUGAUGUCCCCGUCCCUCAACAAACCACUGUGGAUCAAGCCAUUGAAUCUCUGGAGCCUCCAGCAGAAAGUGAAUGGAGCCAACAGGGACAAGGGCUGCUGAAACCCAGUGACACCCUGAACAUCAGCAGCAUCAUCUCACAAGCUAUAGAUCAACGCUUGGCCAGGACCCCAUUAACUGAGAGGAUGUUCUUCGACAUCCACGUCAGAAACCCUGGAUUUGUUCAUUCUCCAGGGUUUCCCUAUUAUCUUUAUCCUCCAAAUCUCAACUUGCAGUGGAGGCUUCGUGCGGACCCGGGCCACCGAGUUAGGCUCGACUUCCACAGUCUGAUCUUGGAGGACGACUGUCAGCGCGACUUCAUCAAAGCCUAUGAUUCGCUGGUUCCCAUAGAGAAACGUGCUCUGACAGAACAGUGUGGUCAUCCUCAAAAAUCAUUAUCCUUCAUCUCUGGAAACGUCAUGUUACUGACGCUGGUCACAAAUGAGGAGAAAAACUUCCCUGGCUUCAAAGCAAGCUACUUCCAGAUUCCUGUGACUAAACUAAAUUGUGGUGGCACAAUGACUGAAGACAAAGGCUUGUUCUCUUCACCAUUUUUCCCCUCCAAUUACCCUCCAAGCACAUCAUGUGUGUGGAACAUCGAGGUUGCAAAGGAAAAAUUUGUGAAGGUUGACUUCAAAAAGUUCUUUGUGGGAAAUCAAAGUGAGCAUUGCCCCCAUGAUUAUGUUGACAUCAACGGUGAAAGGCUGUGUGGCAAUGGCUUAAACAGCAGAGUGAUCACCAUCAAAAGCAACAAGGUGACCAUUACGUUUAACUCGGACUCCUCCUAUGUCGACCAGGGUUUCACUGCUGAGUAUGAGGCCUUCAUCCCAACUGACUCUUGUCCAGGAAGGUUCCAGUGCAACAACUCCCUGUGCAUCAGCAAUAUUUCUCAAUGUGAUGGCUGGAACGACUGUGGAGAUAACAGCGAUGAGAUCAACUGCACAUGUGACGCAUCUCAGAUACAAUGCAAAAAUGGUCACUGUAAACCCAAAUCUUGGCUGUGUGAUGGGAUUGAUGACUGUGGAGACAACACAGAUGAACAAAACUGCACUCAGUCCCUGCUGCCACCUCCUCUCCUAUCAGCUGCUCCGAUCGGCCAUCCUGGCGUGCACUGCUCUGUAGCAGGGAGGAGCUGGAUCAGGCUGUGAGGAGGGCGUGAUGACUCUGCAGUGAUAUUUCCUGCUUCCUGAUACUGGAUUUGUAAAAAUCUUGAAUCGAGAGCGAGUCAGCACAAAUUAUUUUUUCUGCAGACAUCACAGUGCAUUGCAGUCUUUUUUUUCCUGCUUGGUGGCUGAUCUAAAGUAUACAGUGAUAGAUGAGCAGACUGGGUUACUGCAUAAAAACUCCUGAGGCAGCUGGCACAAGAAGUACUGCUGGGCCUUUGAGAUUCUGCAUCUCAGAAGUCUGAAUGUUUUCCAGAAUUAUAUUUUUUAAAAUUAUAUGAAACAGCAACAUAGUUUUAGCUUGCUCAAAAAUGUAUUGUACUUAGUUUGUUUUCUUUACAUGAGAUAAAAUGUCAAAGUGUUGUUUGAUGCCAUCACUGUUCCUUUUAAUGACGUUAAAAUAUGUUUAAUAUAUGUUCACUCUUGUUACUAAGACUUGAAUCAUGCUGUUUGGUCAGUUUGUCAUUUAUCAUGAUUUUAAUUACUUGUGACGACUUAAAGAUUUCAUAUUUUGGUUAUUGAUUAAUUAUUGUUCUACGCUUGCUAACUUGCUAAGCUGAUUAAGUGGUUGAUUGAAUAUCUUAAAUAACCAACAACAAACUUGCAGAUGAUGUAGUGUGAAUGUCUUUGAAACAUGUCAUCUUAAUCAAUCAUAAUGUGUUUACACUGUUUCAAUAAAAAUCUUUACCAGUCAAACUAUUUUCAGCUGAA